CCGCGCAGCCAUUCACACCCUCCCCCGCCCCCCAGCGCGCGGCGCUUGGCCCUGCCCGCCCGCCGUCCGCCGCGGGGGGUUGUGGGCUGAGCACCAAGAUGGCGGCGGCGGUGCUGUGCCCUCGGUUGCCCCGCGGCCUCUGGCUGCCAAGGGCAGGCCCUGGGAUUUCUGCCUUAGCUGCAGCUCCAUCUGUGUUGCAGCAGCACUGCCAUGUUCAUCAUGCAGCGAUCCCUCAUGGAAGAAGUGGACGUUCCUCUGUUAGUGGCAUUGUGGCCACUGUCUUUGGGGCUACAGGUUUCCUAGGACGCUAUGUUGUCAAUCGUUUAGGUCGCAUUGGAUCUCAAGUAAUCAUACCCUAUCGCUGUGAUCAGUAUGACCUCAUGUAUAUGCGACCAAUGGGUGACCUGGGGCAACUUGUCUUCUUAGAGUGGGACUGUAAGGACAAAGACUCUAUCCGAAGAGCCGUGGAACACAGCAAUGUGGUCAUUAAUCUUGUUGGAAAAGAAUGGGAAACAAAAAACUUCAGUUUUGAAGAUGAAUUCGUAAAUAUUCCUAAAAGUAUUGCCCAGAUAACGAGGGAAGCUGGUGUGGAAACACUCGUUCAUAUCUCUCACCUGAAUGCUAGCAUGAAGAGUUCUUCCAAGUAUCUGAGGAAUAAAGCCGUUGGAGAGAAAGCAGUGAGGGAAGAAUUUCCAGAUGCUAUAAUUAUGAGGCCCGCUGAGAUGUUUGGGAGGGAGGACCGAUUUCUCAAUCAUUAUGCGAACAUGCGCUGGUUUGGUGGUGUGCCUCUUAUUUCGAUGGGCAAAAAAACAGCGAAGCAACCAGUAUAUGUGGUUGAUGUAGCAAAGGCAAUUAUUAACGCAAUUAAGGAUCCUGACGCUAAAGGAAAAACAUACGCCUUGGCUGGACCUAAUCGCUACCUUCUUCAUGACCUGGUAGAAUAUGUAUAUGCAGUUUCCUUUCGAACCUUUUUUCCAUAUCCACUUCCACGUCCUCUGUAUCAUUUAGUUGCAAGAUUCUUUGAGCUCAGUCCAUUUGAACCGUGGUUAACGCGAGACAAAGUAGACCGAUUUCACAUAACAGACAUGACGUUUCCUGACCUUCCUGGUUUGGAAGACCUUGGUAUUCAACCAACACCUCUAGAACAAAAAGCAAUUGAAGUUCUGCGCCGUCACCGGAGAUACCGCUGGUUGGAUGCUGAGCUGGAGGAGGCAAAACCAGCAAAGACAUACAACAUGUAAACAGUUGCUUAGAUGGUUACUUAACACUUCCUAAACUGUCUUUGUAUGACCUAAUUUGUUUGGAGAACUGUGUACAUACCGAGUAAAAUAUGUUAAUCAUAAGCUGUAUUUUGCCAGUGUUUUCUUUUUAAUUAUGGAAGACUGUAGCACAGUUCUCUUUAAAAUGUCAUGAUAGCAAAUUUGCGUAUUAUUCCUUAGUUGGUGAGCAUUGAAGUAUUUUAUCUGGCAUAAGUUGAAAUUGGUGGGGAAACUGAGUGGGACUGAGAAUGGGAAUAAAACAAGUGACAGAGCACCUUGUAUUUUCACCUCAGAGCUUGCUUCCUACUAUUUGCCUUUGUUGGAUGUGACAAUAGGAGAGAAGGAACUGAGACAAGUUGGACAAAUAAUCACAGUGUCAAAGGUAGAAGCCUAAUGGUGGAGGAGAAAUUCAAGGUGUAGAUUGGGACUGAAUAGGUUACAAAAAAGGAGAGUGGGAAGAAGAAUGGACAAAUUGAAAAGAACAAAAAGGUCAAGGUUAGGAAAAGCAUUAAAAAAGUCUCUUGAUUAACUCGUGAUGAUUGCUGGACCCAAAGAUCAGAAUCUUGGUGUGUGUGUUGUUGCUGAAGUACUGUGAAACUCCUGGACAAAGUGUUUCUUUAAUUUCAACAGCUGCUGCAUUUUGCUCUUCCACAAAAACCUACUGCUGCUAAUGUUUACCUUGUUGGGAAGAGUUAGAUUCUUGUAAUAAUAUUUACUGAUUCUGCCUACCAUGUGUUUGAUUUGGCUCUCAUGCAUAGUUUACUUUUCUUUUGAUAACGUAAAUUUAUUCACUUGAAAAUAAACCUGCCAAUUCAAACCUUCAAAAGAUAGACAAACUGGAAGUGCAUAUUGUUAAUAAUUUGAUCCUUAUAUUAUUUUUAUUUACUUGAGUAAAUCCUUUUUUCCAUAAGACCCUAGCUUUAAAUAAAUAGCCUUGAUUGUACUCA